UAUGUCUUGCUCCAGGCUGCUAAAAAUCAAGGUGAGCCGAAGAAGAUGGCCCCUCCCCCCAAGGAGGUAGAAGACAGUGAGGAUGAAGACAUGUCAGAAGAGGAAGAAGAAAGCAGUGGAGAAGAGGUCGUGAUCCCUCAGAAGAAGGGCAAGAAGGCUGCAGCUACCCCGGCAAAGAAGGCUGCAGCUACACCAGCCAAAAAAGCUGUUGUUGCUACCACACCUGCCAAGAAAGCAGUUGUGACUCCUGCUAAGAAGGCCGCUGUGACCCCAGCCAAGAAAGUGGCCACCCCAGCCAAAGCUGUCCCUACACCAGGCAAGAAGGGAGCUAAAGCAGCAGCCACCCCAGCUAAAGCAGCAGCCACCCCAGCCAAAGGGGCAAAAAAUGGAAAGAAUGCCAAGAAGGAGGACAGUGAGUCUGAAGAAGAAGAUAGUGAAGAUGAGGACGAUGAAGAAUUUGAGCCCCCCAAAGCCACCAAGGUGGGAGCAGCUCCAUCCAAACAGGAUUCUGAGGAGGAAGAAGAUGAUGAGGAUGAGGAGGAGGACAGUGAAGAGGAGGAGGAGGAAGAGGAUGAAUCUGAAGAAGAAGCAAUGGAUACUACCCCUGCCAAAGGGAAGGCUGCUUCUGUGAAGGCUGCCAAAGGCGGGAAAGCCAAGGAAUCCGAGGAGGAAGAUGAUGAUGAUGACGACGAUGAGGAGGAAGAUGAUGAUGACGAGGAGGAAGAUGAGGAUGAUGAAGAGGAGGAGGAGGAAGAAGAAGAGGAGGAGGAAGUGCCUGUCAAAGAAGCCCCAGGAAAACGGAAAAAGGAAAUGGGCAAGCAGAAAGCCCCUGAAGCCAAGAAACAGAAAUUGGAAGCUGAAACUUCUACAAAUUUCAAUCUCUUCGCUGGUAACCUGAACUUCAACAAAACAGCAGCUGAGCUAAAAACUGCCAUCACAGACUUCUUUUCUAAAAAGGACCUUACGGUUGUGGAUGUCCGCAUUGGUGCCACCAGGAAGUUUGGCUAUGUCGAAUUUGAAUCUGCUGAAGAUAUGGAAAAGGCUCUGGAACUCAGUGGCUCCAAAGUGCUUGGCUCUGAAAUGAAGCUAGAAAAAGCAAAAGAGAACAAGAAAGACCGAGAUGCCAGGACACUCUUUGUCAAGAACUUGCCCUAUAAAGUAACUCAGGAGGAGCUCAAGGAAGUGUUUGAAGAUGCUAUUGAGAUCAGACUGGUCUGCACAAAGGACGGGACACCCAAAGGAAUUGCCUACGUUGAAUUCAAGACAGAAGCAGAUGUGGACAAGGCCUUAGAGGAGAAGCAGGGGACUGAGAUCGACGGCCGGGCCCUCAUUCUGGACUACACAGGGGAGAAAAGUCAAGGACAAGAGAACGCUCGAGGGAAGAACAACUCCUGGAGUGGGAACAACAGCAAGCCCUCAGACUCGAAGACGCUGGUGCUGAACAACCUUGCCUACAGCGCCACAGAGGAGAGUCUGCAGGAGGUGUUUGAGAAGGCUACUUCCAUCAGCCUGCCCCAGAACAACCAAGGCCGGCCCAAGGGGUAUGCAUUCAUUGAGUUUGCCUCUGUGGAGGAUGCAAAAGAAGCUUUGAAUUCUUGUAACAACAUAGAAAUUGAGGGCCGAGCCAUCCGGCUGGAGCUAAAGGGACAAAAGACAGCAAAUGCAGCUCCCAGGAACCAACCCCACAAAACCUUGUUCGUCAAAGGUCUAUCCGAAGACACGACAGAAGAAACAUUGAAAGAUUCUUUUAAUGGCUCAGUGGGGGCCAGAAUAGUCACAGACAGGGAGACAGGAUCAUCGAAAGGGUUUGGUUUUGUGGACUUCAACUCUGAAGAGGAGGCCAAGGCUGCCAAAGAGGCCAUGGAGGAUGGGGAGAUCGAUGGAAACAAAGUCACCCUGGACUGGGCCAAGCCCAGUGGCUUUGGGGGCCGAGGAGGAGGACGUGGCGGCGGCGGACGAGGAGGCUUUGGGGGCCGAGGAGGUGGCAGAGGAGGCCGAGGGGGCUUUGGAGGCCGAGGCAGAGGAGGCAACUUUGGAGGUCGAGGUGGUUUCAGAGGAGGCAGAGGAGGAGGAGGAGACAACAAGCCACAAGGGAAAAAGACAAAGUUUGAAUAGCCCCCCGCCCACUGGACGGACUCUGGGGGUUGGAGCCUGUUGGCCAAUGGCCGACAGAGCCUUCUGAGGACAUUCCAAGACAAACAUGCGGUCCGAGGAGUCGUCUUGGAGAAAGCCGGAUGACAUCUCAAGGGAGAGCGUGUUGGUUUUGACUGGAUGGACGUUCCAUAGAAACUUUUUGCAGAGACGGGUGAUAGAUGUGGGAAGUUGCCCUUUUUGUCUAUGAGUUGUCUUGAGUUUAUAAUGUUAUACCCCAUGUACAAAACCAUUUUUUCCUACAAAUAUCUGUAGUGGUUUUUUGUUUCCUUUUUAACCCCUUUUGGCUGUAAAGAAAAAGGCGAAUGUUUUCUCAUGGUUCCUGCUUCAGCAGCCUGUCUUAGGACACAUUAAAAGGGCCUAACCUGG